AUGGUGGCAUGCCCCAUCUGCGGCGAAAAAGUACGAGAAAAGGACAUCAAUGCCCACAUUGACUCGGAGUGCAAAGAAUACGUCAAUAUCGAAUCAGAGCUCCCACAAACGGCACCUCCAAGCUCGACGCAGAAGGCAUCCGGUGUUGCGAAUUUUUUCUCGACACAAACCCCUCGACGCGUCAACACUUCUUCUCAUCUGAAAAAUGGAUUACCUUCGUCGCCCUUGGCCCCGUCGCCUGCCGCCAGCCAACGACCACUGGGCCUGGCGCCUGCCAAUUCGAAUAAACGCUCGUUAGAAACAGUCAAUGGCGAAGAAGCAAAUGACGAUUCUAUACCAUCAGAACCCGUGAAGAGGCAACGGACAAACGUGUUCCAGAAGGUGGCUCCACUGGCAGAGCGUAUGCGACCACGUACGCUCGACGAAGUGACUGGGCAGGAACUUGUUGGCGCGACAGGAGUCAUCAGAGGACUCAUCGAGCAAGACCGUGUGCCGUCUAUGAUACUCUGGGGAGGACCUGGCACAGGAAAGACCACAAUCGCGCGUCUGAUCGCGAAUACUGCCGGAUGUCGGUUUGUCGAAAUCAAUAGUACAAGCAGCGGUGUCGGCGAAUGCAAGAAGCUCUUCGCAGAGGCCAGAAGUGAACUGGGUCUGACUGGAAGGAAAACAAUCAUCUUUUGCGAUGAAAUACACAGGUUCUCAAAGAGCCAGCAGGACGUUUUUCUAGGGCCUGUUGAAGCUGGUCAGGUUACGUUGAUCGGGGCAACGACAGAAAAUCCGUCUUUCAAGGUUGUCAACGCUCUUCUAUCGCGUUGCCGCACUUUCACGCUUUCCAAACUCACGGAUGCCGACAUCACGAGUAUCUUGAAGCGUGCUGUCGAAGUAGAAGGUGUCUCCUCUCCUCUACUUGACGUGGCUAUGAUUCAAUACUUGGCCGCAUUUGCUGAUGGCGAUGCUCGAACCGGACUAAAUCUCCUCGAGCUCGCCAUAGACUUGUCCCAGCGACCAUCAAUGACUGCAGAAUCCAUAAAACAGUCACUGACACAAACACUGGUCUAUGACCGCGCCGGCGACCAGCAUUACGACACCAUAUCAGCUUUUCACAAGUCCCUUCGAGGUUCGGAUGCAGACGCAGCUCUAUAUUACCUUGCCCGUAUGCUUCAGUCUGGAGAGGACCCACUAUACGUCGCUCGGCGCUUGAUCGUUGUUGCGAGUGAAGACGUAGGCCUGGCCGACAAUUCAAUGUUAUCGUUGGCGACUGCGGCGUACACGAGCGUGGAGAAGAUUGGCAUGCCAGAAGCACGCAUACCGCUUGCGCACGCCACGGUAGCUCUAGCCUUGUCACCGAAAUCAACACGUGCUUACAGAAGUAUGAACAAUGCGUAUGCGGCACUGCAGGAGCCUGGUGUCGCGGGGCUACCCAUCCCCUAUCACAUCCGAAAUGCACCUACACGCCUGAUGAAAGACAUGGGUUAUGGCAAGGAAUACAAGUAUAACCCAGACUAUGUCAAUGGAAAUGUCAAACAGGAGUAUCUUCCAGAAAAGUUACUUGGGAGAAAGUUCUUGGAAGUAGAUGAUCUCGGUACAAAGAUCGAUCCAGACCUUAAUGGUGCCCUUGAGGCUAAGGAAGAGUCACCAUGUGACAACAUCGAAGAAGAGGAAGAUGAACGACUGCAGCAGCUAGAGAAUCAGGAUCUCAUCCCUGAAGUUGACGGAUGA